GCCUAUUUUCCUGCUUAGAACGGAGUGGCUUCCCUGAACCCAUCUUUCAUUAUGAUUCACAUCAUACUGAGGAAAAAGCUCAGCUACUGUGUCCUGGCCUUUUUCCUGUUUGCAAUCAUCUGUGUGUGGAAGGAAAGGAAGAAGGGGAGUUAUUAUGAUUCCCUUAAAUUGGAAACUGAAGAAUUCCAGGUGGUGACAGGUGUGGAGAAACUGGCCGUGAGAUCUAGUCCUCAGUCUUCAGUCAACGCCCAGGACCUCCGCAAGAACAACCAGGCCCUCAGCAGCACCAGGGGCUCAGCCAAGGCCAAGCAAGAGCCCUCCUUCCAGGUGUGGAACAAGGACAGCUCUUCCAAAAACCUCCCCUCCAGACUGCAGAAUAUCAGGAAAAAUUAUCUGAACAUGAACAAGUACAAAGUAUCCUAUAAGGGACCAGGGCCAGGUGUCAAGUUUAGUGCAGAAGCCCUGCGGUGCCACCUCCGGGACCACGUGAAUGUAUCCAUGGUAGAUUCCACAGAUUUUCCCUUCAACACAUCUGAGUGGGAGGGUUACCUGCCCAAGGAAACCAUCAAGACCAAGGCUGGCCCAUGGGGCAAGUGCGCUGUUGUCUCUUCAGCAGGAUCUCUGAAGUCCUCCCAACUUGGCCAAGAAAUAGAUGAUCAUGAUGCCGUCCUGAGGUUUAAUGCAGCACCCACAGCCACCUUCCAACAAGAUGUGGGUACGAAAACUACCAUUCGCCUGAUAAACUCUCAGUUGGUUACCACAGAAGGACGCUUCCUCAGAGACAGUUUAUACAAUGAAGGGAUUCUAAUUGUCUGGGACCCAUCUAUAUACCACUCAGACAUCCCAAAGUGGUACCAGCAUCCUGACUACAGUUUCUUUAAUAACUACAAGAGCUAUCGGAAGAUGCAUCCCAAUCAGCCCUUUUACAUCCUCAGGCCUCAGAUGCCUUGGGAGCUGUGGGACAUCCUUCAAGAAAUCUCCCCAGAGGCAAUUCAGCCAAACCCCCCAUCCUCUGGGAUGCUUGGCAUUAUGAUCAUGCUGACACUGUGUGACCAGGUGGACAUUUAUGAGUUCCUACCAUCCAAGCGCAAGACUGAUGUGUGCUACUACUACCAAAAGUUCUUCGACAGUGCCUGCACAAUGGGCGCCUACCAUCCGCUCCUCUUUGAGAAGAACAUGGUGAAGCACCUGAACCAGGGUACAGAUGAGGACAUUUACCUGCAUGGAAAAGCCACACUGCCUGGCUUCCGGAGCAUUCACUGCUAA